AUGCGGUGCUCGGAGGAAUCGCUCCUUCGUGUGGUCGGUGUGUUGCGUGUUGGAAGCCGCGCGCAAAGAAGCUACAGGUACUAGAGUGCCAACGGCGGAACAAUGUCGAGGUGUAGUGGCUGAUGUCCUUCAAUAAUUUCUGUCGCGUCUUCAAAUUAUAUUAUGUUUAUCGUGUACUUCUGUAUCUAUGUCUGGAGCUUUUGCUUUUUGUCGCACCGAAAAUGAACAGAAUAAUGCUGGUGGAAGCUGUUGUUGCUUUGAAGACACAGGACUCUCGACGCCGCCUUCACUCAGCAGCGGAAUCGAAUAGACGCAAGUUUUUUCAGUGCUAGAAUCGACUAAGAAAAAGAAU